AUGCCUGUUCUUCGUGGUAAUGUGCGACGAAGGUCACGGGAGGCCACAGGCCUUGCGUUGGAGGUGAUGCUCGCAGAUGCCCCUAUCACAGCUUCUCGUCCUGGCUGCAUGCCCAACUACAUCGACCCGGCUUCCCGAGACUGUUUGACAUUUGCCGGAUGUCAUGCGAGGCCUGCAGGCAGAAGCAAGCUGCGCUUUCCUUCGCCAAGAUGGGCUCAGGCGGGCGCUUGCCGGCGGGCGCAGGCCGCAGGGGCCGUAGGGCAUGCCGCAGGGCAUGCGAACGUGGUCAGCAGUCGGAGAUGGCCGUCGGCGUCGCCGUCAAAGUAUUUCCCACCAGCCUUCAAGAAGAGAGACCAGGACAAGGAGACGAUAUUCAGGUGCUUGCAACGCCUGCAAGGCUUGCAAGGCUUGCAGCUACACAGAAGGGACAUCCACGACGUGGGCCAUUUGUUCGAUGCGACGCUGACAGGCUCUCGUCCAAGCUUCAUUCCGACUUCCGGGAAGGCCCCCAGAGACCACAGUUGUCGAAGGUCCGACGCUGUCACAGCUGUCCCAAUGACGGCUCACAGAAGAAGCGCCUUUUAUCCUCCUUAUCUCUGUCUUGCCUCCUCCAAGCUUGUUUGA